UUCGUGUUGGUUCUGCAGUAGCUGCGUGAACACGUCGCUGGUAGGCGGGAGCGUUGAGAUAAACCAAUUCAGCUUAUUCGUCUCUUUAGAGUCGUCGCGCUGACCUGUCUUCCCCAUAAAGGUAGACAAGUUUGUUAAACCACGGGCUCCGAUCUCUCUUGCUGUGUCCUCUCCGAUUUCGACCAAAGAAACAACUUUGAACUGGGCACAAUGAGUUCUCCAAUGACUCAACAAGGAUCUCCAGGCAUGUUGCGUCGCUCAGUGAGCGGUAGCUCAGGAUUGAACAACUUGGCCAAGUCAUCGAGUUUCAUCCGUCGUAAUAACGACCGCGAUGUCAUGGGAAACAAUGUUGGAGUCAGUCCCGGAGGCAGCAAUGCCGCCUACCGCGCCUCACUGGUCUCGCACUACGCCGAAGAUUUGGAUAGGCGUCGUCGCGCUGAACGAGCCGUCGAAGACAUCCGCACCGAUGGAAUGUCUUCGGACAAUUUGAAGAUCGAUUCUGUUGAGUUGUACUCGCGUGAUAACGCCCGUGAACAUCGCACUGACCGCUACGAAUUAGUUCGUGACACUGGCCGAGACAUUGGAUCGUCGUCGUCCUUGGCUAUGUCUAUGUCGAUGACUAACAUGUCUUCAUUGUCAUCGAUGGACUACCGUUCAUCUUCUUCGUCGUCCACUACUGUUCUUCGUCGUGGCCAGCCUUUCUUCAUGGCUGUGCGCAUGAAGGAACGCAACUUCGAUCCCCGUCGCGAUAUCCUCCGAGCAUCAUUCAGCUUUGGCCCGAAUCCUCAGGUUACCAAGGGAACCAAAGUUGUUUUGCCUUUCCGCAUGAACCAACGUGAAUUUAACCGAGCCCCGCAAAAGUGGGACAUGCGCCUUCAUCAACAGGAGGGUUUCAACAUCACUUUCCAAGUCCAUAUCCCUGCCAACGCACUUGUCGGACUUUGGCGUGUGACCAUUGAAACCACCACCACGACUCCAGGCGCCCGUGUCGACGAAUUCCGUUUCAAGGAUGACAUUUACAUCUUGUUCAACCCCUUCUGUCGAGACGAUCCCGUGUACUUGGAUAGCGAGGAUCUGCGCCGGGAGUAUUUGAUGAACGAAACAGGCAAGGUGUUCGUUGGCACCCAUCACCGCCCCAAGGGCCGUCGUUGGGUCUACGGACAGUUCUCUGAUGUUGCUCUGCCAGCUGCCCAGCUUUUGUUGGAACAAUCUGGACUCAAUCCAACUGAAAGAGGCAACCCUGUCCAAGUUGUCCGCGCCAUUGCCUCAAUCAUCAACGCAAACGAUGGUUUUGGUUUGUUGGAAGGCAAAUGGGAAGGCUCAUUCGAAGACGGAGUUUGCCCAUGGGUAUGGACCGGAAGCUCCAAAAUCUUCGAGCACUACUUGCGCAAUGGAUCCAAACCAGUCAAAUACGGCCAAUGCUGGGUGUUCGCCGCUGUGGCUACUUCCAUCUUCCGCGCUUUGGGUAUCCCAUCUCGUCCCGUGACCAAUUUCGUUUCCGCACGCGACACCAACCACACCUUGUCGGUCGACAAGUACUUUGAUGUCUUUGGCGAUGAGAUGAAAGGUGGCCCAGAUGGUGACAAUCAGGAUGCCUUGUGGAACUUCCAUGCUUGGACUGAGGUAUGGAUGUCACGUCCCGAUCUCCAAGCUGGAUUCAACGGCUGGCAGGCUAUUGACCCCACUCCUCCUCCCCAGUUCUGGCAGAACAAUUCUGGAGAUCAAAAGAAUCGAGGACCAUGGGCUGUUGAAUCUUUCCGUCGAGGCCCAUCUUCCGUCGAGUCUGUUCGUCGUGGCGAAGUUGGAUUCGCUUACGAUACCCCCUACUUGUUUGCUGAAGUCAACGCCGAAGUUAGCCACUUCCAAGAGGAUGAGACUUCUCAUUGGGGAUUCAGAAAGAUUCACGUCAACAACUAUCAUGUUGGCCGCAUGAUCUUGACCAAGCGACCAGGAGCUGAUGAUGAUGUCAGUGAUGCCGAUGCUGAAGAUAUCACUAGUCUGUACAAGAAUCCUGAUGGCAUGUCCCGUUACCAGAAACACGGAGAUGGAUUCUUCAACUCUCACUUCAACCAAGGAAUGUCAUCUCCUUACCUAGAAAGAAGAGAUAGGGAUAGGGAUAUGAUGCAUUACCCAGGAACCUCCGUUCGUCGUCUAAGUAUUGUCGACAUCGCCCGCAAGCCCUGGUAUGAUGAAUCCCGACAUGCAGUUGACCCAGGAUCAGCAGCUGAGCGUAUGUCAUCCAUGAACGCAGCUCGCAGCGUAGAGCGAUCACAACCCAUGUUUGACAACCGACCAAUUAGCGAUGACGUUUAUUUCGAUUUGAUCGAGCAAGACAAAGUUGCCUGGGGACAGCCGUUCAACCUUCAAGUCCACAUUCAGAACCGUUCCCAAGAAAUGAGGACCAUCACGACAAUCCUGUCCGCUAACUCCGUCUAUUACACAGGAGUUACCGCUCGCCGCCUUGGCCGCAACGACCGCCAGUUUGUCCUUCAACCUGGAGGCCGUGAAACUCUGCAAAUGCGAGUCAGCUGGGAUGAGUACCGCGACAAAAUUGUCGACUAUGGUCACAUUAAGAUUUACGCCAUGGCAUCCGUACAAGAAACCAAGCAGUGUUGGAGCGAAGAAGAUGACUUCCAGCUUGAGAAACCCAAGCUGGAUGUUCAGAUCCGUGGAAAUCCUCAAGUUGGCCAGGAUUGCUUCGUCACAUUCAGUUUUAUGAACCCCAUCUCAGUUACUCUGACUGAGUGCGAGUUCACUUUCGAAGGGCCUGGUCUGGUACGUGCCCAGACUAUUAAAUACCGUGACGUGAAACCUGGAGAGAUGAUCAGCUUCGUUCAGAAGUUUAUGCCUCGCUUCAAUGGUGAGCGUAAACUUGUUGCUACUUUCAACUCCCGCGAGUUGGGCGACAUUAUUGGUUCCCGUCCGAUCCAUGUCCGCGAUUAAAAGGCAAAUCCUUCUACAAAACCGGACUAUGGAACUCCUUAGACAUUGCGAUCUGGACCUUGAAACGACUUUGGACUUGCCCAUUGAACAUUGUUGCAAAUUAGUCAAGUAACUUUUUGCUUUAACCUGCACUUUACAACCCUUUUUCAUUGCAAUUUAAAACUAACAAACACUCUCGUUAUUACUGUAUUCAACUAACCAAUCUAACCUUCUCUGUUGAUGGUGUAGGUUUUUAAUAUUAACUGUUAUUCUCUUACUUUCUGGGUGAUGGUUUAGUCAGUCAGAAUAAAUUUCAUCAAGCCGA